AGAAACGAGCAUUGUCGUUCAUCGAGAUCCAAAUCUCAGUUUCGUUUUGAUCUCUCGUCUUUGAUCAGAUUAGUCGGAGCUCCGGUAACGGAUCCGGGACAAAUUCGGGCGGAGAAAUACUGCUAACUUGAUUUGAAGAUUCUUCUUCCCAAAGUUGCCGGCGGGCGAAGAAGGUCCAGCUCUUCCACACCCAAUCAUGAAUUCAAUUUUUUCCGGUACUCGUCUAAGGGACAUGAUCAGAUCCAUAAGAGCGUGCAAAACAGCUGCGGAGGAGCGUGGCGUUGUGAGGAAAGAGUGUGCUGAUAUCAGAGCGUCCAUCAAUGAGAACGACCCUCACGAUAGGCACCGGAACCUCGCCAAGCUCAUGUUCAUACACAUGCUGGGCUACCCGACGCAUUUUGGGCAGAUGGAGUGUUUGAAGCUUAUUGCGUCUCCUGGGUUCCCGGAGAAGAGGAUUGGUUAUCUCGGGCUCAUGUUGCUUCUUGAUGAGAGACAGGAAGUGUUGAUGCUCGUCACCAAUUCAUUAAAACAAGAUCUUAACCACACGAACCAGUAUGUUGUAGGGCUUGCCCUCUGUGCUUUAGGGAAUAUUUGUUCUGCAGAAAUGGCUCGUGAUCUUGCGCCUGAAGUAGAAAGAUUGAUCCAGUUUCGUGACCCUAAUAUCCGUAAGAAGGCGGCACUUUGCUCCACUAGAAUAGUGAGGAAAGUUCCAGAUCUUGCAGAGAACUUUGUAAAUGCUGCUUCUUCCUUGCUUAAAGAAAAGCAUCAUGGGGUUCUUAUUACAGGAGUUCAACUUUGUUAUGAACUAUGCACGAUCAAUGAUGAGGCCCUAGAAUACUUCAGAAAGAAAUGCACGGAGGGGCUGAUAAAAACUUUGAGGGAUAUUACUAAUAGUGCAUAUCAGCCUGAGUAUGAUGUUGCAGGGAUCACAGAUCCUUUUCUUCACAUACGGUUACUUAAGCUCCUACGUGUUUUAGGCCAUGGUGACGCUGAUGCUAGUGAUUUGAUGACUGAUAUACUUGCCCAGGUGGCCACAAAAACUGAAUCAAACAAAAACGCAGGAAACGCCGUACUCUAUGAGUGUGUUGAAACAAUCAUGGCCAUUGAAGAUACCAGUAGUUUGCGUGUGCUUGCUAUCAAUAUCUUGGGAAGAUUCUUAUCUAACCGUGACAACAAUAUCAGAUAUGUUGCAUUAAACAUGCUGAUGAAAGCAAUCGCGUUUGAUGAUCAAGCAGUGCAAAGGCACAGAGUUACAAUCUUAGAAUGUGUUAAGGACCCAGAUGCUUCCAUCAGGAAAAGAGCUCUUGACCUCGUGUCUCUUUUGAUAAAUGAGAACAAUGUCAAACAACUGACAAAGGAGCUGAUUGAUUAUUUGGAAAUUAGCGAUGAAGAUUUUAAGGAGGAUCUUAGUGCGAAAAUUUGUUCUAUCGUUGAAAAGUUUUCUCCAGAGAAAAUCUGGUACAUUGAUCAGAUGCUUAAGGUUCUUUCGGAGGCUGGGAAGUUUGUGAAAGAUGAUGUGUGGCAUGCACUGAUUGUUGUCAUAAGCAAUGCAUCAGAGCUUCAUGGAUAUACAGUCAGAGCAUUAUACAAAGCAGUCUUGACAUAUUCAGAACAGGAGACCCUUGUCCGAGUGGCGAUUUGGUGCAUUGGGGAAUAUGGUGAUUUGCUGGUUAACAAUGUGGGUAUGCUUGGUAUUGAAGAUCCAAUAACGGUAACGGAAAGUGAUGCAGUGGACGUAAUCGAGGAAGCCAUUACUCGCCAUAACUCAGAUAUGACUACAAAAGCGAUGGCAUUGGUUGCUCUGCUGAAGCUGUCAUCCCGCUUUCCUUCUAUCUCAGAGAGGAUUAAAGAUAUAAUUGUGAAGCAGAAAGGGAGCCUUCUCCUUGAAAUGCAGCAGAGAGCUAUUGAAUUCAAUUCUAUUGUUGACAGGCAUAAAAAUAUCAGGUCUUCUCUGGUUGAGAGAAUGCCGGUGCUAGAUGAAGCUACCUUCAAUGUGAGGAGGGCUGGCUCUUUGCCUGCGUCAGUUUCAACAAUGGCCAAACCUUCAGUUAGUAUUCCAAAUGGUGUUGCUGCAGCUCCACUAGUGGAUUUGCUGGAUCUGGGUUCUGACGAUAUCAUGGCUGCACCUAGUUCAUCUGGUGCAGAUUUCCUUCAGGAUCUUCUUGGUGUUGACUUAGGAUCAUCGCCGGCACAAUCUGGUGCAGCCCCGGGUCCAAAAGCCGGCGCAGAUCUGUUGAUGGAUAUUUUAUCAAUUGGAACACCUUCUCCGGCGCAAAACAACACAUCAUCAAUUGAUUUGUUAUCGACAGCUGCCAUUAACAAUAGUCCUUCUACUGCCCUAGACACACUCUCUUCACCAGCUCCACCUCACGUAGCAACGACUGCUUCUGCUGGUGGUAUGUUUGAUUUGUUAGAUGGUCUUUCCCCAAGCCCAUCGAAGGAAGCAACCAAUGGUCCUGCAUAUCCACCUAUUGUUGCAUACGAGAGCAGCACCUUGAAGAUUGAGUUCACCUUCUCAAAGCCAUCAGAGAACCCACAAACAACAAAUGUGCAAGCCACUUUUAUAAAUCUAUCUCCUAAUAAUUUCACAGAUUUUAUCUUCCAGGCUGCUGUUCCAAAGUUCCUCCAGCUGCACUUGGAUCCAGCAAGCAGUAACACACUCCCGGCAAGCGGUAACAUUAUGCAGAAUCUGAAAGUCACUAACAGCCAGCACGGAAAGAAAUCUCUUGUGAUGCGCAUGAGGAUUGGGUACAAAGUAAAUGGAAAAGAUGUACUGGAGGAAGGACAGAUCAACAACUUCCCUCGUGGCUUGUGAGGCUGAUUGUAUUUUCAGCAUAAGGAACUUUUGAGUAUUUAUUAUCAUAUCAUCCGUAUUCCAAAAAAAAAAAAGAUAUGUAUCGCCCACUGACGCAACAAAAUCAGCUUUUACCUUCCUAUUUUUGUCAUCCGUUUCCUGAAACUUUGGCUUUUGUUUGGGAUUUGAGAUUCUCCAGGUUUCUUUUUGAACAAAAUUCUAUCUGUUUAGAGUCGGAAAGUGAUGGAGGAAGCACACAAGUUUGUCUCUCUCCUCUUGUAUAAAACUUUUUAAAGAGAUUUGAGAUUUGACUGCCCA